AGGUUUAAUAGUUACCUUUUCAUUUUCACAUACUCUUUGCCUCUUUCUUCGCAAUUUUGAAGCUACAUGGAUGAAGACGGAGAGAAACGUGUUCGUACCAAACGAUCAUGUUCUCCUGAAUCUUCCGAAAAAAGAUCUGGCGAUGAAGUUGAUUGGGUAAGAGAUUUGCCAGAAUCUUUGCUUUUUCAUGUUCUCCUGAAUCUUCCGACAAAAGAUGUGGUUAAGAGUAGUGUCUUAUCGAGCAAAUGGAGAAAUCUCUGGAGGUAUGCUCCUGGUUUGGACUUGGACUGUCGGGAUUUCAAGGAAUUCAAUGCUGUUGUGAGUUUUAUCGAACGGUUUCUGAGUUUCAACCGUGAGUCAUGCUUAAACAAGUUUAAGUUAAGAAGCUAUUGCGAUGUUGAUGAGGAGACUGAAAACGAUAUCAGGCGGUGGAUCAACACUAUUGUUAAGCAGAAAGUUCAGUAUCUCGAUCUUACGUGGAGUGCAGUGGAGAUACCUCCAAUACUUUACAUGUGUGAGAGCUUGGUAUCUUUAAAGCUUUGUGGCGUAAUCUUGCCAAAUCUUGAGUUUGUGUCUUUACCUUCUCUCAAAGCUAUCGUUCUAGAGUGGGUUUUGUUUGCAAAUGAUUUGGCUUUGGAAAUGCUUAUCUCAAGCUGCCUAGUUCUCGAAAGCUUAACUUUAUGCAAAAGUCCAAUUGACAAUGUAAAAGUUUUACGUGUGAGCUCUCAGUCUCUAUUGAGCUUCAACUAUUACGGCCCCAAAUACAAAGGUCUUUAUGAUAAAGAUCUAGUAGUUGAAAUUGAUGCUCCCAAGCUUGAGAAUCUCAAGCUCUCUCAUCAAGUAACUGCAAGUUUCAUAAUAAAGAAUUCCAGUUCACUUGUAAAGGCGGAUAUCAAUAUUGAGUUUAACUUUGGUUUGGGAAAAAAGUUUGAUCCCAAAGAUCUACCAAAGAGAAAAAUGAUUCGUAAUUUUCUUGCCAGGAUCUCUAGUGUCAAAAAUCUGAUCAUCGCUCCAUGUACUCUUGAGGUCAUAUAUGAUUACUCAAGAUGUGAACCACUGCCCUUAUUUCGUAAUCUAUCUUUCUUGAGUGUUGACUUCUAUGACGACAUAUGGGAAAUAUUGCCAUUCUUUCUUGAGAGCUGCCCGAAUCUAAAUUCUCUUGUCGUGGAAUCUACUUCUUAUCCAAAGGAGAGAACUAGUAUCUUAUCUCGACCUCGGCGUCUCCUAUCAUCUCUCGAGUAUGUUAAGAUUGAAUCGUCAUUAGACAUGAUGGAGUUGAAAUUAGUGAGUUACUUUCUUGAGAACUCACCAGUCCUCAAGAAAGUCACUCUAUGUUUGAAUGAUUGUUCCAGAAAGGAAUCUGUCAUCCUCAGAGAACUCCUUACCAUUCCAAGACGCUCUAGCUCAUGCCAAGUUGUCGUCCUCUGAUCCUCAUUGACGAACAUACAAUGUUUUCCUUCUUCAUUGUGGUGACUGUUGUGUUGUAGAUCGUAACAAGAUCAUAUGUUUGGCUUAAAUGUUUCAAUUGAACCAAAAAUGUAAUGUGGUUCGUGUAAGACCCAAGGAUUAAAGUUUCCAGAUACUCUUUAUUAAUGUGAACUACAUAUGUGAUUUCUUCUUCAUUGUGGGGACUUUGAUGUCUUGUAUGUACAUCGUAAGAAGAUCUGAUGUUUGGCUUAAAUCUGUAUUUGUUACUUCUUUUGACUCAAAAACAUGUUUUUGGUCAACAAUAAUUCAGACGUUGAGUAGAAAAAUAAAUAAUGGUAUAAGAUCUGUGUAAGACCCAAAGAUUAAAGUUUUUAGAAACGUUAUAAUAGGAUACUGUGUCAUAUAAACUUGUUCAGUGGCAGUAUUUCACCAUGGUUAACUAUUAC